AUGAAAACCCCACCGCCUAAGCCAGGGGUCGGUAACCUUUUGCUAACCCGGCAUCAUAAAUAUAGUACUUCUGUAUCUCUCUUUCUCUCUCUCUCUCUCUCUCUCUUGCUCUCUCUCUCUCUCUUGCUCUCUUUCGCUUGCUCUCUCUCUUGCUUUCUCUCUUGCUCUCUCUCUAAUGUUCUCUCUCUUGCUCUCUCUCCCUCUCUUGCUCUCUCUCUCUUGCUCUCUCUCUCUCUAUCUUACUCUCUCUGGCUCUCUUUUGCUCCCUGUCUCUUGCACUCUUUCUCACUCUCUCUUGUCCUCUUUCUCACUGUCUCUCUCUCUAUUGCUGUCUUUCUCACUCUCUCUCUCGCUCCCUUUCUCACACUUUCUCUCUCUCUUGCUCUCUUUCUUUCUCUCUCUCUUACUCUCUUUCUCACUCUCUCUCGUUCUCUUUCUCACUCUCUCUCUCGCUCUCGUUCUCACUCUCUCUCUCUUGCUCUCUUUCUCACUCUCUCUAUUGCUCUCUUUCUCACUCUUUCUCUCUUGAUCUCUUUCUUUCUCUCUUGCUCUCUUUCUCACUCUCUCUCUCUCUUGCUCUCUUUCUCACUCUCUCUCUCUCUCUUGCUCUCUUCCUCACUCUCUCUCUCUCUGUACGUGUGUAUUGGCCUGCUUUUGUGCCUCAUUGGUCAUUUUGUGUUCUCUUUAAUCUGCCUAUAUAUGCCCAUGUAUUUUUGA